CGACGGUAAAUGCAAUAUGGAGUCGGGUGGCAGUGCGUGUUGUUUACGCUGACACUGCUCGGAUAUCAACCGAAUGUGGCUCAUUUCCAGUCGUGUCGGCUUACUUUCAAAUAAUUAAAUUCGAACAGUAGCUAAGCCUCAACUGUCGGACAUCAAGUCUGACGCGGAAUAAUGGCCGCAAUGCAGACACAAACGCAACCCGUCGCCACCAGGUUGACGGGGGGUUCUCCAGAAAAGACAAGGAUACCUAUUGUGGCACAUAUCAUCACUGACGAUGACAUCGGCAUGCUUCAGGGUUCCAAGCUGCAACCUGUCAACCUAAACAGGGUCAUCAAGCUGCUAACAGAUCCUCACUCUGUUAUGCUUUAUGAUCGUCAUGUUCAUGCCCUUCAGAAGAUGGUUCGUCACUACCAGAAAGGUUUUUUAAUGAAGGAACUAGUUCAGGUUUUCAAGGUCCUCAAUGUGUGUGCCGAUCGUGUGGACAAGCAGCCUCUAUAUGAACAGCCAAUCAUUGACAUCCUCAAGAUCUGUUCUCUUCCAUACCUGAAGGAAAAGUCAUCUGAUGAACUGGUCUACGAACAGAUUGUAGUUGAAUCUGUCUCCCAGCUUGGUUAUCUGAUGCGAGUGCCAAGCACAGAGGUGAGACAGCAGAUAUGUGUGACACUGGCGAGCUUCUACUCCAAGUCUUCCAAACACCAGGAAGUACAGAAGCACAAGGCAUCGACAGUGGAAUACAACCAGCGCAUGGUGGAGAACAGCGACAUCUCAGAGACCCUGAUCAAGUCUCUGGCGCUCCUGGAGACGGACCUGGGUGUCAGGCAUGAGGUGCUGGAAGUCUUGCAACGCUUCUCCAAAAACUCAGCCAAGAACUGUGACCAGAUGUUGAGAGCAGAUGGUGCUCGGCGGGUGUGUUCUCGACUCAUGGAUGCAGAUCCAUCUGGACAGACUCUGUUCCGAUCCGUAGACAUUUUGUGGAAUUUGUUGGAGCAUGGAGACAAUGCCAUGAUAGCUGAACAGCUCAACAACCUGGCCUGUAUCAGUCAGCUGCAGGAUGCCUUCAUCUUUGAGUUGACCCAAGGGUACAGUCACUAUGACCGUCAGCUCCGCAACGACCUCCUCAUCAUCGCGACCUUGGUUGCCUCACAUUGCCCUGAGGCGCCAUUUGUAGAGACAGGCUUCAGCAAACAGCUAACUUUGUUUGCCACAUUCCAGGAAGUCAAGUCUCAUAAUGCGCUGGUGAAACACCUCAAGUUCUCCACAAACCAUGAAGAUUUUGAAAUGAAGAAAGCCUUGUUUAAUGUUCUUGUGAUGCUGAGUCGUGAUGGUGCAGUGAUACCUAUUUUAUCGGAGGGCCAUCUUCUCUUGGCAUUGUUCUCCUAUGUGCGAGCCAAUGACAAGGUGAGCGGCCCGCGGGAGUGGACGCCAGCUCAGUUUGAGGAGCUGCAACUGCUGGCUAUGGGGUGUCUGUGCACGCUGUGUCCAGUGAUGCUGGAAGACUACAUGACCUGUCAAGGCAGCACCAGACUCCUCCUGCUGCUGGAGUGGUGUGUCGGGCCAGAGGACUUUUCUGGUCAGGGCAACAGUUUCCAUGGCACCGGUGGCCGUGGCAACAAGAGGGCCCAGUUGAGACAAUGUCUGCGCCUGAUGAGGAGUGUAGUGUCCACAGAGAAUGAGAUGGUCCUACAGGACAUGGCCGACCAGGGGGCAGUCAACCAGCUCAUAGGUAUUCUCAAUGCUGCGUUUGGCCCAGGAAAAGGUCAGGAUGACAUCAUUGGUAUUGAGAUGCAGUCAGACAUCUUGUUCAUUUUGUCUACAUUGUGUGAUGGGGACAUGCACAGAAAGGAGUUGUUUGGCAACCAAGGAGUGGACAUUGUUGUGGAUUACCUCAGGACAAACACAAAGCUGCUCAACAGUGGGCUGGGACAUCACCGACUUCUCCUGGCUGCUGUAGACUGUGCUUGGUGUGCAGUAGUGGGCUGCUACAGUACAGAAGACUACUACCUGGAGAGGGAGGGCGUGUUCCUACUGGUGGACCUCCUGGAGGUCUGCCCAAAGAACAUGCACAACCUCAUCCUGGGAUGUCUGCUGGACCUGUGUGAGAACCCCAAGACGGUAAACCAUGUGCUCACCUGGCGAGGCAAGGGCAAUUCCACAGUGGCUCACCUGUUGUGUGAAAUAUGGAGGGCAGAGGAAAUGGAGAUCGGGGCACGCAGGGAUGCUCAUGGCGCUAUCACAGAUGUCAAGCGCCCUCUGAUGGGAAAAAUGCAAGCAGAGCUUGGAGUUAUCCCCCUACCAGCCAGAUGUCCGAGUCAGUCCAUUGUUGAUGUAUAUGAGAACAUGCGAGCCAAGAUCUACUCUGUGUUCUGUAAGAUAGGUUUCACAGAUCUGCCUGGACUGUGUGUGGAGGACCAUGUGACUCUCACCAUCAUAGAGAAAUACCUGGACUUCAAGCAAGGUGAAGUGUGGACGGAGAUCAUCACAGAGCUGGAGACGGAGAGGAUGCGGCCUGUUACCCCAGACCUGGAGGCCAUUGAGGCUAUAUCUCGAGCUGUGGAAGAGCGAGCUGCAAUUGUGGCCAGCACCCAGGUGGAGCUGCUUGAGGCUCAGAAGAACCAGGAUGUGCUGGAUGAGCAGGAGUUCUAUGCUGAGAUACGAGAGAACCACCGCCAAAAGGAGAAAGCUUUGAGCGACUUCUCCGACUAUGUGGCCCGUACAUCCAACUACACUCUCCUCAAGGCAGCCAAGGAGAGGCAAGAGAUUUCUAUUGAUGCUUCAAGGGUACAGGGAGGAUACACGAAUGCGGAAACAUUUCACAACACAGACCUGCAAAAUCUUCAAACUACAACAUUCAGUGGCCGGCACAUUGUAGUGGAGAGCACCCCUGUCAGUCAGGCCCAGGCCUCUCUCACAGCAUAUGACCCCAACAACAUUCCCAACAAGAUCCUCAUACAGAAACAUCUCACUAUAUGAUUUCACUGCAG